CAGAAACUAAACUGAUGCUAUGACUUUAAGGGCGUCGAUCAGAAUCCUUCUUAUUGGAUGGUACAGCUGGAUGCUUCCACCAAUAGGAUUUAGAACUGUACAAAGCAAUCCAGUCCCUGCCCCCAUGCAGCCUCUGUGCUGUAAGACUUACAAUGCCAAGAGCUGGAGGAGAGAGGGAGCAAUGAGCUUUUAUUUUACGAUAUUAAGGUUUUGCUAUAGCUAUGCUCUACUAUUGGUGAAAGGGCACUAUGGGAAUUUUGCAUCCGAUGAUGGAUAUUAGUUUUUUUCUAUACGCUAUGUCGAUUGAAAUCAUUUUAUCAUAGCGGACCAAGGAUGACAAAGAGAAAAGGAUACAGCGAUUGGAGAUGUCAAGCGCUCUGGUGCCAUUAUUUCUUUCUCUUGUGGAGUACAAUAGACGGACAGACUCGUUACAGUGUACCAGAGGAACUGAAACAGGGAUCUGUGGUAGGAAAUAUAGCCAAAGAUCUCGGUUUGGCGUUGUCUGAGAUUUUUGACCGUAAGCUGCGUGUCGCCUCUGAGGCUGGUAAGCAGUAUUUCAGUGUGGAUGUGGGGAAGGGCGAGCUGGUGGUGAGCGACAGACUAGACAGAGAGGCUUUAUGCGGACAAAGCGCCAACUGUGUUCUACCUCUGCAGGUUGUAAUUGAAGACCCAUUACAACUUUUCCGUGUUGAAGUUGAAAUACAAGACAUUAAUGAUAAUGCACCCAGAUUUCCCUCAAAUGAUAUCACAUUGGAGAUUGCGGAAUCUACAAAUACAGGAGUUCGAUUUCUACUCGAAAGCGCCAUUGACCAAGAUGUUGGCAGUAAUUCGCUUAAGUCGUACACUCUCAGUAAAGACGAAUGCUUCAGUAUUAGGGUUAAAGAAGUUGCAGGUGGAAGGAAAGUCCCUGAAUUAAUUUUAUCAAAAAUGUUAGAUCGAGAGAAAAAGACUGUUCAUAAGCUUUUUUUGACAGCUCUAGAUGGGGGCAAUCCAGCGAGAUCAGGGACUGCUCAGAUAACUAUUACAGUCCUUGACAACAACGAUAACGUACCUGCAUUUGAGAAAACAUUGUAUAAAGUCUCUGUUGCAGAAAAUGCUGCUGUAGGUGCAUUGAUAACACACACAAAAGCGACCGACAUGGACGAUGGUCAAAACGGAGAGAUUGAAUACUCAUUAGCAGCGCACACGCCUGAUGAUGUUCUCUCUAUUUUUUCUAUUGAUCAUUUGACGGGAACAUUAUUUCUUAAAGGAAAAUUGGAUUUCGAAUCAACUGCAAAUUAUGAAUUAGACAUAAGUGCAAAAGACAGAGGCGUUCCUAGGAUGGAGGGUCAUUGUACUGUGCAUGUUGAAGUUUUAGAUGUCAAUGAUAAUGCCCCAGAAAUAAUACUCACCUCUCAUCCAAAACCAAUACCCGAAGAUUCUCCUGAUGGUACUGUAGUAGCUUUGCUCAGUGCCCGAGACCUUGACUCUGGUGAUAACGGUAAAGUUACCUUGCAGCUUCCCAUGAGAUCGAUGUUUGGUCUUAAACCCUCGUUUUCCCAUAAUUACGCACUGGUUACACGUGGUGUCUUAGAUCGAGAGAAUGGCUCUGAAUAUAAUAUUGAAAUAAUAGCCACUGAUUCAGGUACUCCCCCUCUGUCUACCGAGAAGACUAUUAAUGUCGUCGUGACUGAUGUGAAUGACAACCCUCCUAUUUUUACUCAAUCAAAAUAUAGUGUGUAUUUAAAAGAAAAUGGAGUAGCAGGCUCUAUUAUGUACUCAGUGUCAGCAUCUGAUCUAGAUUUUGGUGAAAACGCAAAGAUCUCUUACUCUAUACUGGACUCUAAAGUUCAAGACGUGUCUGUCUCAUCUUAUGUUUACAUUAACUCAGAUAACGGCAGCAUCUACAGCAUGCACUCGUUUGAUUAUGAGAAACUCAAGGUGUUUCAGAUUCAGGUUCAGGCCAAGGAUCAGGGCUCUCCAUCUCUCAGCAGCAACGCCACUGUCCAUGUUUUUAUCCUGGACCAGAACGACAAUGCCCCUGCUGUUAUUUACCCCUCCUCCGCUGCCCUGGGCUCCCUCUCUCAUCAGAGGAUGCCCCGCUCCGCUAAAGCCGGUCACCUGGUUACCAAGGUGACGGCCGUGGACGCUGACUCGGGACAUAAUGCCUGGAUCUCCUACAAACUGGCGGAGGCCACAGACUCCUCUCUGUUCACCGUAAAUCUGUACACGGGGGAGGUGAGGACUAAACGCGCUGUGUCCGAGCAGGACGACUCCUCUCAGAGGCUGAUUAUAGAGAUCAAGGACGACGGAGAACCGGUCCAAUCCUCCACCGUCACGGUGUCCAUCCUGCUGGAGGACGGUCUCCAUGAGCCCAUCUUAGACCUCCGACAGAAAGCGGCCGAGCCCAGCAAGAAAAAUGGGAGAAUCACCCUUUAUUUGAUUCUCUCUCUGGCCUCGGUGUCCGUGCUGUCUCUGUUGACUUUUCUCAUCUUAGCGGUUAAAUGCAUCAGGAACAGCAGAAGCAGCGGUAGUUGCUGCAUGAGACGGAGCGACUGUGAUGAUUACAAGAACCCCAACAGAAACCUGCAGAUUCAGCUCAACACUGAUGGACCUAUAAAGUACGUGGAGGUCCUGGGAGGAGACAUGAUGUCUCAGAGCCAGUCCUUCAGGUCCUGUAUGUCUCCAAUGUCAGAGUACAGUGACUUCACUUUGAUCAAACCCAGCAGCACCACAGACUUUAAGGAGGUGAUCAGUGUCCUGGAUGCUUCUUUACCUGACAGCACCUGGACCUUUGAGAGCCAGCAGGUGAGCAAAUAAUCAUAGAUUUUAAAA